AUGCGGCACAGCGGGGCGGAGGAGGCGCCAAACAGGUUGGAUGAGUACAGGUGAGCCAGGAAGCAGCUUAUGCUAAUUUGUCAACAUGAGAGGAAAUCCUCCUUAGAGCUGCACUUGUGAGAGGGAGACAAAGCUACAUGGGAACCUAUUAGAUAACCAAUUCUCCUGUCGGCCGCCUCACAGGGGGAGAGAGAGAGCGAGGGAUAGAGAGAGUACCUGCGAUGGUGGACACACAGGGAAUCCAUUCAAAACCAGCCCUGCAAGUAACAGACAUGGCGUAUAGGAAAGUGCGUGCUGGCCACGGUUCUCUCCGUGUGCGGGAUCUGGAGAGUGAGGAGCUUCACACAGCUUCCCUGGAACUGGAAUGGGACAUGGAGAAGGAGCUGGAAGAACCGGGCCUGGACCGCUUCCAGCUGGAGUGUGUGGAGCAUCAACCAGUGAGCAGCUCUUCUGGCGGGGGCAUGGACCCAGACUUGGAACCAAUUCAACCCUCUGUCUCCCCUCACGGACGUUUUGAGCGUCUCCAGGAGGACCCUAAUUACGUUUCUCGUUUCAGCCGGGCGGUACCCAAGGGCCAGAGAUGGAAUGGGACCUGCCUGGCCAAAUACCUGCUAGCAGGGGUGGGUGUGUUUGCUCUGGGGCUGCUCGUUGGACGAUAUGCAUUCAGCAGGGAGCAAGUGAAGGUAGAGCCAAGUGCAGACACAGACGUGUUGGAGAAGAUUGUUCAGGGAAUCACAGCAGAGAAGAUACAAGCACUGCAGAGGGACUUUGACAGCUUGUCUGAUCUCACAGAAGAGUCCAAGGUCAAGUACAUCGCUCAGCGGUGGGAGGAGCUCGGAUUAAAAGACGUCCAGGUGACUAAUCACACGGCUCUUCUGAGCUAUCCCGGACCCGCCCUCAGCACGAUCGUCGAUAAGAUUGGAAACCAGUGUUACCUGCCCAGCGGAGCGAGGUGUGGCCAGCCAUCCACAUCUACGACUGAACCCUUUGCCUUUGCAGCCUACUCUGCUGUGGGAAGUCUAGUGGCAGAGGUGGUGGACGUUCAGUAUGGGAGCCCUGAGGAAUUGAGACAAGUUCGAGCUAGUACAAAUGUGACCAAUAAAAUAGCACUGCUAAAGCUUGGACAAGCACCUUUGCUUUACAAGCUCUCUCUGCUGGCAGAGGUGGGGUUUGGUGGCUCUCUUCUCUAUGUGGAUCCCUGUGAUGCCCCAUUUGGGAAUAAGACUUUUGGGGUGACCCUGAACCCAGGUGGGAACCCGUUUUCUCAAGAAAACCCCGGAAGUGCUGAGAGAGACAGUCGCUACAACCUGACAUCAUUGCUGGUUCAGCCCAUCUCUGCAUCCUUAGCGAAAAUGCUGCUAUCUGCCCCUGCCAUGGGGCAGGGAAGACCCUGUGUCCCUAUGAUCAUGCCCUCAGCCGCAGCAAGAAAAAUCAUAAAUCUCACCAUUGAAAACCAAGCAUCUUUCAAGACAGUGUCCAAUGUUAUGGGAUAUCUCAAAGGCAAGACAAAUCCAGAUCGAUAUGUACUGGUUGGCAGUCGUCAUGGCAGCUGGUAUGAGGGUGCGUUGGCGGACUGGGGGAACGGCUCUGCAGUCAUGACUCAGAUCAUCGCCUCCAUGACGGCUCAAACCCGCGCAGGCUGGCUGCCCUAUCGAACCAUUGUCUUCUGUUCCUGGGGGGGAACCUCAUUGGGCAACAUCGGCUCGUAUGAGUGGGGGAAGGAGAACGCAGUGGUACUUCAGAGCAGGGCAGUGGCUUAUGUCAGCCUCCACAGUCCUGUCAGAGCCCCUGGAUCCCUGCAGUCCACAGCAUCACCUUCUCUUCUGCAGCUGGCAGCUGACACCCAAAGGAAAAAUUCGAUGAGUUGCAGUCGAGGAGGUGGUUGUCCUGGUCCGAAUGUCAGCUCACUGCAGACACCUGGAGAUGUCAGCUUUUUCUCUAAUCAGCUUGCUGUCCCCACAGUGGAGUUCACAUACUCAGAGUUUCCUAAAACAGAGAGAGCAUUUUUUCUCUCUGAGGCCUUUUUCCCUCCUGAGUCUUCAUUAGGAGAGACCUUGGAUCCAGCCUUCAAACUCCAUGAGACUAUUGCCAAGAUUACAGCUGAGACCAUCCUGCGACUUGCUACGGAUCCCGUUCUUCCAUUUUAUCCUUUGGAUAUCGCUCUGGAUGUUCAGAACAAACUUAAAGAUGACCCACUGAGACGGCCGGACCUGCUGAACAUGGCUGCAUCUUUGAGGGAAAACUCAACCUUCUUCCAAUCUGAGGUCAUGCGUCCUGCUAAUGACCCCAAGGAGAGAGAUCCAGCCCAUGUACGCAUGCUCAAUGACGUCCUCCGAGAUCUUGAAAAAAGCUUCCUUAUCCCGAACCCUUUACCAGGCUUUUACAGGAACAUUCUCUAUUGCUUGAGCAGACAAACUCCACACUUCUCUAUCCUGAAGGAUGCCCUGGAGGUCCCCUGGCACAACAGCAUCAACCAGUCCCUUACUCUGGUGUCCAGGGCCAUCAGUUCAGCUGAGAAACUCGUACAAAGUGGACUCGACCUUUUUGAGAAUGAAAAUGACAUCCCACAAUGACAUCCGGAAAGAGACCACAUUUUGUCAGAAUAUGACACAAACCCUGAGAUCUUCUGGUCGACACAGACAUUUCAGAGGGAUCUAAAGACACUUUGAGAACUAGAUGAUAUCAUUAUGAAGUGCACUAUUAAUCUAAUGUUCACCAGAAGAAUUUCUUCAGGCCAAUACUAAGUUAUUUUUUUUGUUCCUCUAAUGACGUUCAAAGGUUCAGCCUUUGUGGUUUCUAACAUCAGGCUAGAAAGAUUAAUGAGAAAUGAGUCAGGGAGCUAAACUCUAUAACUUGCAGGGUCGAGGCUUUUUGUUCUGACAAAAAAAAAAAAAACACCAGCAGGUUUAUCACCAACAUUUCCAGUCACAUAAACCCCAGAGGAUGACUGGAAGUCAGGACUCAAAACAGGUUUUUUUUUUUAUUGAAACAACUUGAUGUUUGAAACAUGUUUCAAAAUAUUUUAGAAUAUGUUUUUUGUUUGUUUGCUAAUCUAGCCCACCAUUUUACAGAUGGCAAGCAAUCACCUUUGGAAAAAGGGGAAAUGCUGUGACUCUCAAUCAACAUGGAGUCAGACUUUAUAAUGCAAAACUUUCUGAUAGUAAAAAUAAAAAGCUGAAAGGAAGCACCAGUGCUACUGUGACAGUCUCUCAGGGGCGUUUGUUUCAGAAUCUGUAGAAAAAUAGUAACGGAAUAAAAUAAUUUUUUAUUUUUUUUUAAACAGGUAAACCAAUUAAAGUUGAACUAAGACAGGUCAAGUCGACGAAACAAGAAUUCAGGGUAAUUAUUAACUGAAACUCUGGCAAUACAGUAGUGAUAUAAUUAGAAAAGUACUAAUAGUUUUGUGAAUGAAAUUCAUAGUCAUAGAUAUGGGUUAGAAUUUUAGUUUAUAGUCCAUAAAUCCAAGGCAAACAUAGAUAAGUUUUCAAGAGGUGUGAAAUGCGUCUGCAUCUCAUUGGGUGAUAAUUGACCAAUGAGGAGCCAGGAUGUUGAAUAUAUAAGCUAGACAAACAGUGCAUGUGUAUGAUGUCAUAAUGGAGUGUGUGGAGUCAUGGUAAUAUCAUGUUAAUGUCUUUUUGAUUCCGGCGGCCAGUGUAUUUGUUCUCAGCAUUUGCACUAAUGUUGUUUCUCUAGUCAACAAUUUGGGGGGAAAUAAGAGAUUUGAGAGCAACUAAUAACUUUCCUUUUACUUCACUUGCCCUUUAAUGUAUGAAAAACAGCUCAACUAGAAAUACAAAAUUCAGGGAAUCUAGUUUGACCCAGCUUUAAUUUAUUUACGUGCCUUCAAAUGAGUCAUACAUGCUUUUAGAGCAGCAUUUUGCACUCAGAUUUAAAUACCAAACAUUUACCAAAAUAUUUUGUACUGUGGUUGUGCUUAUUUAUAUUUUUUAGUUGUGGAGAUAUUAUUUGAAAGGUUUGUAGAGUUAAAAUGAUUUUCUUUCUGCUUUUUUUUAUUGUUUCUAAUCUGUUUAGUAAGCCCCUGGAACAUAUUUUUAGAGAGCAGCCAUUUAAAGCUGUGCAUCAUUUCUGCAUUUAACAGAGUCAGCAUCUUACUUACUUAUUAUGACAAACCUUUUAAACAGAUACUGCAUUUGCACAUGCUGUGGACCCCUCAACUGCUGGAUUACUACUCUAAACAACCUAGAAGAGUCCAGCUCAUUUGCAUUGCACUAAAAUGAACUGUUAAACUGUCAACCUGCCUGUGUGUUUGUUUGCGUGCUAUUGUAUUUAUUUAUUUUAUUUUCUAAAUAUAUGUAAAUACUGAUAAUUUAAUCUGACUCAUAUUCUGUUGGCCCAAGAGAAUUUUCAGGUUCAGUUAUGUCUUGAAUUGCAAUCGUUUGUAUUGUGGAGCAUUUGUACGAAUUUUAUAUCAUGUGAAAUCUUCAAACUGCAGCUGCAAGUUGCAUGAAAUGUUUUAUUUAGAUUAGGAUAAAGUAGUUAGACUUAUUUAGAUAUAGAAUAGUAGGCUAAUCAUUCUUAUGGUCUGAAUAAUGGGUCGGACACUGAAAUUGCACAUACAGUUGUAUCUCAGUGUAAUAUCUCACAACAGAAUCACUAACUACAUACAAGCACACAUAUACAGGGGCAAUGUAAAAUCAGCCAGCUGUUAUCACUAAAUAAACCCUGAUAGGGUGAUCAGGACCCCUAUGUGGAGCAGAAGGGGUUUGUUUUGCGAAAACGACUAGCUGACUAUACAUUCACACGGAUCCACGCAAAUGACUCACAAACGCUGUAUUACACAUGCCAGACAAGUAGUUGGCGAUGUCACUUUGUAAAGAAAGACCGCGCCUGUGCACAUAAGCAUUCAGAACACUUGCAUGCCUAUCCACCUUAUUUUUAUAGUUUACUGGACUUUUAUCUCCUUCUCAUUAUUUCCCUAUAGUGGCUAAUAAAUCGGAAGUCUCACACAUUCACAGAAAUAUCUUAAUUUCGUGUUGAAAAUUAGGUGGAUAGACUAAACACGUAAUACGCAUGUGCAUGCCAUUUUCACCGAUUCAUGUUUUCGCAGUUUACAUGAGGAUGACAACGGUAUGGUUUUCAAAAACUUGCACUUUGAAACCCUUUUUCAAAAGUUUGCAUUUUCUUCCAGGCCACCAAAAUGCCGCUGUCGUGUAAAUGAACAUAAAAGUUUUCCGUUUUUAGUUGAAAACGGUGUCGUGUAAACAGCCCCCCAGACACAAGAUGGCGCAAGUUUACGUGACACAAUAAAGUGGCACUGGUUUAAGUUAAGUUGCGGUCACUUUCACCAUUGUUCACCAAUUUCUGAAAUCCAUUAAUUUCAAUAGGAAUCUAUGCGAUUUGUGAAUUUUGCGUGAGGUUGAAAGAUUUACCCACCCACAUUUCGCAGGAGGUUAAAGUUGGUCACGUGAAAUUGACACAAACUAUUUUGUCAGAAUUACAGGUAUGGUCAAAUUAGUGAAAUUUCACAGAGAAAAAAAAGAACUCAUCUAUUGUCAAUAGAGUAGAUGUUUGAAGCACCACUAACACAUAAAUCACUUUCAAACCAGACAGCUUUCUGUUGAUUAAUGCGACAAAUUCGUGUAACUGAACCUGUUGCGAAAUUUGCUUGGGGAAUUCUUUGCCUUUACAAAAAAAAAAAAAUCCAGAUUGCAUGGAUUCCAUCACUAUCUCACAACCAAUUCGUACGUAUUUUACGAGGUGGCUAAUUCGUACGACCUCAUUUGUACAAAUUCAUAUGAUUUGUCUAAACCCCAGUGACUGGUAGGUUUAAGGGUGGGGUUAGAGGUAGGUCAUUCGUACAAAUUCAUACGAAUUUGGCAACUCGUAAAAUACGUACGAUUUAGCAAAAAACAUACUAAUUCGUACAACUGAUGUCCUACGAAUUAGAACGAAUCAGCCACCUUGUAAGAUACGUACGAACUGCCGUGAGAUCGGGUUGUGGAUUCCUAUUGAAAUUACUAGAUUUUGCACAUGGCAAGUUUGCCGAGCGACGUUAAAGGUUGUUAAAACACCUUUACUUUGCUAUAGCCGAAAGGAAAUAUCUGACCGCUGAUGCCAAUCAGAUUCAAGUAUUCCAGAGAGCCAUUUAAUAAAUACACGUUGUAGCGUAGAUCUGUAAACAGUUUUUCCCAGUAUUUUUCCAUGUUCUGGCAUCACCUUAUACUGAAAUGAGUACUAUUGUAAAUGCAGUGCAUGUAAAAUCAUUCUUGUAUAUGGGAUGUCAAAAGCUUGAGAACACUCAUUUUGGAGAACGACACUUUUGAACAUAAUUCAUGUGAGUGUGUUUGGUGACACGUACUAAAUGACAUUUUAGUGCAUUCAGUGUCCUACACUAAAUGACAUUUUUGUUUUGUCUCAAUCAACUACAGAGGUUGAAUGCAGACUUUUUGUACCCAGUGGGGCAUUAAAUAUAAUUGUGUUGUCUUUAGUUUGAUGUCUUGUGGAUCCGCAUGGGUCAGAAAGCACCUAAUGAAUGGACAAUGUGAACGCGCUGUUGCAGUUUAAAUGGGUGGAAGGUUUCAUUUAAUUCACGGUAUGUUGGAGAAAAGAAUAUUUAAAAUGGAGGAUAUAAUGUGAUAUUCAAAAUGCACUUAACUGUAAUAAGGGUAGAGAGGAUUUCAAAUGCAUGUUAUUUUUUUUCUCUGCUUAAUUUGUAUGCCACUGAACAUUAACUGAUCCUAAGGCAAUAAAUAUAAGUGCUGGAAUAACA